CUCUUCCAGCUGCGGGAGAAGCAGACAAAUAAUCAGGAAGGAAAAAUCAAACCCAACGGACCAACCAACGAUGACAAAGGCCCCGAUAAUGGACAGUCCAAAUUCAAAAAGGCGGUGACGGUGCAGCAGGAGCAGGAACAGAGGGUGGACAUGCUGGAUAAGCGAUAUCUGAAUGCGCAGCGGGAAUCUUCCUGUUCCCACGACCAGAACGAGAAGCUGGAGUCGGCACUCAGCAACAAGGAGCCAGCUCUCAGCCUGUCUCAGGAGAAGAUGAACGCGCUACAGGAGAGACUGGAGAUGACAGAGCAGAAGCUGUCUCAGUCUCUGCUGAAGGCUGAAGCCCUGCCCAGCGUAGAGGCAGAGCUGCAGCAGCGUCGAGAAGCCCUCACCAAGGCGCAGGAGCGACAUGGAUCGGCGGAAGAGCGAAUUGAGAGGCUGGAGACGCAGCUGGAUGAGCAACGAGGAGAGCUGCACAGGGUACGUAGCAGCGCCACCUGGAUGCCCGAGAUGCUGACCGACUACCAAGGCGGUGGUAGCGAUGGCGGUGGGUCAACUGAGUGA